AUGUUGUAUACACAUGCAAAGAAAACGAGCGAAGAAUUGUUUUCCAAUGAUUAUGACGAAUCUCUGACUGGCGGUGCAGUCGACCGUAAUUGGUUAGCAAUAUUGACCGAACGAUUACGGGAAACCGAAUUGUUAAAACGACAUGAACAAAGAGAAAUAUUAAAUAGACGAGAAGAAAUCAGUAAACGUUUAAAAUCGAAAACUGAAGAAACAAGUGUAUAUAGUAAAGAAGAAGGUGAAAUUGGAGAUAUUGAACAUGCUGAAAAUAUUGACGGCAAACAUGAUGAAAAUUUAUUUGAUAAACAAUGGAGUAAAUAUUCAAAUCAUCGCCGAUGCAAUGAAAAUAAAACUCACGAUGAUAACUCGAGAUUGAACAUCGACAAUAUCCACAUCAUAUCCACAUUGAAAUCUCGUGAUAAAAAAUCAUUACCAAUAAACAAUGAUAUUUAUACUGAAGAUAAUAAUAAAGAUGAUCAACUAUCAAAUAGGCGCCAGGCAAAUAUAAUAAAGCAAAAAGAAACAGCUCAUAAUAAACCGCCACAAGUUUUACUCAAGAUUCGAGAACGAAAACGAAAAAUGUGUCAUGCUCCAUUUUUUGCUGAUAUAGAUAAAAGAGUAUUUGUUCGAAUCAAUAUUGGACAAAAUGGUGAUAGUCCGGUUUAUCGUAUUGGAAAAAUUCUUGAUAUUGUUGAAACAACAAAAGUCUAUCAGCUUGGAAAUAUACGAACAAAUAAAGAACUUCGAUUAAAGUAUGGUUCAAAUGAAAGUAUAUUUCGCCUUGAAUAUGUCUCAGACAGUGAAAUAAAUGAUAAAGAAUUUAAACGAUGGCGUGAAACAUUAAUUAAGCAGGGCAUAAGUUUACCAACUAUACAUGAUAUUGAAAAUAAACAAAAAGCGAUUCAGAAAUAUACUAAUUAUUCCCUUAACGAAAAAGAUAUUGAUCAAAUGGUCGAAGAAAAACAACGUUUUCGUAAAACACCAUUAACACAUGAAUUAGAAACUGAACGUAACAAAAAAAGAAGUGAAAGCAUAUCGGUUAUUAGUACGGUGAGCGGACAAAGUAAAAUGGGUGAAAUUCCUCGAAUUGUUCACUUUAUAACAGGACAAGGAGAUAGUUCGAAUGAACAGUUAAAGUUGUAUGGGCCUAUAUUGCCUGGUGUCAAAUUGAAACAGGCAAGAGAAUUUGAAUUAAUUAAUUAUCUUUGUUUACUGGCAGCAAGAUAUAUUUUAAAACCACAUAAAAUCUAUGUUCAUUAUUAUAAAGAACCAAAAAGUUACUGGUGGACAAAAGCAAAAAAUGACAGUGAUCUUAAAUUAACAUUAAGAAAAACACGUCAAAUAACGUCGAUCUAUGGACAUAAGCUAUAUCAUCACGCUCAUAGAGGUGAUAUAAUGAGAUUAGAAGUAUUACUAAAAUAUGGUGGAAUCUACUUGGAUUUAGACGUAUUAGCAUUAAACUCGUUUGAUUCACUAUUAAAAAAUAAAUUACAAAAACAAACAAUAUUGGGAUAUGAAAAUGAAAAUUACAAUGCCGUAUGUAACGCUGUUAUACUCUCUAUUCCUCGCAGUCAAUUUUUAAGACGUCUCUAUGAAUCUUAUCAAAGUUUAAAUGCUACAUGUUGGGCAUGUCAUAGUGUCAUGUUAACUGGAUAUUUAGCGACAAUUUAUUCACAAGAAACUCUCGUCUUACCAUCAGUUGCGUUUUAUGAACCAUCUUAUUUGAAUAUUGAAGAAUUGUAUUACUUUGAUACUUAUGAUUUUCGAAAAAAUUAUGCCUCUCAUCUAUGGAAUUCAUUUAUCGGUGAUGAGUUUUUGAAAAAUUUAACAUUAGAUUAUAUUUUAUAUCCAAAACAAUUAACAACACUGAUAAAAAUGAUUCGUCAUUCGAUUGGUAUUAAAAAGCUACAAAAAAUCAACAAAGACUACAAAAGAAAUCAGAUUUUAAAAAUAGAAUAA